AGAAUUCCGUCGAUUUCCCCUGCUCGGUUCGUCGUUGUCGUCCAGCGGCUCCACUGCAGCACCGGCCGGCGAGCUCCGUCCCAGGGUAACCAGCGCCGGCGGCCAUUUCUCUCUCUUUCCUCCGGCGUGCGCGCGAGCCGCGACGAGGGCAGCGGCAGUUCUUCUCUCUCUCUUAUUCCAAGUUUCUUCGUAAUUGAGGUAAUUUGGCAUGCUGCAGAGCUUAAGGCCGGCGACUUGAGGAGGGACCUGCGACUCGGUCUUUUGAUUCUUCUCUUUUAGUGCCAAUCUGCGUCGCUGCUAUUCGCCUAAUCAGACAGCAGACCUUAGCUGACUGCUAUCUAGUGCGCCUCCUUCGUGCAGCUUCCCUGUGGCUCCAUCGACCGCCACCAGGUGGUACGUGGUGAGUGUUAGAGGAGGGCAUGGCAAAUAGCAAGUAUGAAUAUGUGAAGUCAUUUGAAGUUGAAGAUGAAGUCAUGAUACCCAACAUCAUAGUUGUGCACAUUGAUGGCCGCAAUUUUCAAAAGUUUUCAAAAUUUCAUGAGUUUGAAAAGCCAUAUGAUGCAAGGUCGUUGCAUUUAAUGAAUGCGUGCGCAACUGCACUCCUAGAAAAGUUCCCAGACAUCUCAUUUGCAUAUGGAUUCAGUGACGAGUUUAGUUUUGUCUUUAAGAAAGAGACCAAUUUCUACAAAAGGCGUGCCAGCAAAAUAUAUUCCCUUAUUGUGUCUUUCUUCACAUCUGUAUUUGUCACCAAAUGGAAGGACUUCUUUCCUCAAAUGGAGUUAAAGGCCCCUCCAUCAUUUCAAUCACGUGUGGUUUGUUGUGCAUCAAUAGAGGUUCUUCAAGCAUAUCUUGCUUGGAGACAAAAUGAGUGUCAUAUUAAAAAUCAGUACGCUACUUGUUUUUGGGAGCUGGUAAAGUGUGGAAAGUCUGAAAUGGAUGCCACAUCACUUCUUAAGGGAAGUCAGAAGCAGGAGAGAAAUGAAUUGCUUUUUCAACAGUUUGGUAUUAACUACAAAAAAGAUGUCAGGGAGAUAUUUCGUCAGGGAACAUGUGCUCUUCGGAAAGAGGUGGAAUGUAUUGAGAAAUACCAGCAAAAUGGUACUCCUGUUAAAAGGAAGAGGUGGAAAGUUAUUAUUGUUCAUUCAGAAAAUAUCUCUGCUGGAAGCUUCUGGAAUCAUCACCAGUAUCUUGUUGAACAUGUUGGUCUUUUUGGAGAAUGCAUUAAAAAUAUUAAACCCGAGUAUAUCAAAUCUUUCCAAUAUGAAGGCAAAUUGAUGCCCUCUACAUGGAUUGUUGUCCGAAUUGAUGGUUGCCACUUCCAUGGUAUUGGCAGGGCCUGCAACUGACCUGUAGUGUAUCAGCUGGGAAAGCCUUGAAUCCUUCAUUCAACUCCCACAUCAUUGCAAGGAGGUAGGUAAGCUUGCACUGCUGCUUGCUGACCCAUUUUUCUUCACAAAAGAGAUACAUGAAACACCAGAUGGACUCUUGAAUUCUCUGGCAACUGCACCUUAUAGAUUACUAGUUUGAUUCUUUGAAUGCAAAUGGGAAGAUGAAUUAGGAACGUCCGAACAUCCAAAAGAGUAAAUGGGAAGAUAAAAGGGGGAUGGAGGGAGCAUCAAACUUGCCAUUGAUUCAAACAUUGUGGAACUGACCAAUUCAAAUUACGUGUAAAGUGGUUUUGUGAUGAUCAUGAAUUUGACAAACCAAAUGAUGAGCAAGCUUUGAAACUAAUGAACUCUUGUGCGGUUGCAUUGGUGGAGGAAUUUAAAGAUAUAGUCUUUUCGUACGGGGUUAGCGACGAGUACAGCUUUGUUUUGAAGAAAGACUCCAUUCUCUAUGAAAGGCGUGCUAGUGAAAUAGUCUCUGCUAUUGUCUCUCUCUUCUCUUCUGUAUACAUCAUGCGGUGGAAGGAUAUUUUCCCCCAAAAAGAUUUGAGAUACCCACCAUACUUUGAUGGGCGUGCUGUUUGCUACCCGUCCUCUAAAAUUCUUCAAGAUUAUUUGGCUUGGAGGCAAGUUGACUGUCACAUUAACAAUCAGUACAACACAUGUUUUUGGACACUUGUCAAGUCCGGCAAGAGCGAAAUUGAGGCCCAGAAGCAACUUAAGGGUACGCAAACUCGGGAAAAAAAUGAUCUGCUCUCCAGAUAUGGCAUUGAUUAUCACAGUUUGCCAAUAAUUUUCCGUCAGGGGUCUUCUGUCUUCUGGGAUGUGGAGGGAAUAAAAGCAGCAUGCAGUCCCAACGGUGCAAUAGAAGAAUGUUAUAAGAAAGUUGUGGUUGAACAUUGUAAUAUAAUCGAACCAAAUUUUUGGAAAGAUCAUCCAACGAUACUUGAGGAGGAUGCCCAAUGACAAAGAAGGCUCUACAAAAUGAAAAAAACAAUCCUACAUUCGGCUGCCUAAACGCCGAGGUGUAUAAUUGGUGUUCCCAAACCCUUCGUAGACCGGGCGUGGCACAACUUUUCUUGAAAUGCAGAAAGCAUCCAAAGAAUCAAAUCAACAUUCCAUGGCCAGGGAAAAAACAUGAACCCAAAAAAUGUUCACAAUCUGGGGAAUGGCACAAGACUGCAAAGGGUAACAUGAUUUAUCUUGCACCAAAGACACAUAUACCCCAGACUUGACUCCAUUGUAGUUUGUUGUCUCAUCACAACUUAAUGUAUGGGCCAUUAAGUUUAUUGAUGAUAACAGUUCACCAUAAAAUCGUUUGGAAACGAGGAAAUUAACCUUUGGAAAAUGAGUUGUUUUCCUCAAGUUAUUUUCCAUUUUCUGUUGUUUGGUUUGAAGUCUGAUCGAGGAGAACCUGUUUCUGUUGGCUCAUUUUCCGGAAAAAGAAAUAUCCUCACAUCAC